UCUGAGUUUUCUGCAGACUUUAAGAAUUGGGUUGAUGGCGCUCCGGACCCUCCUCCUGCUGCUUGCGGGGGCCCUGGCCCUGACCGAGACACGGGAACGCUCCCACUCCCUGAUGUAUUUCAUCACCGGCGUGUCCAGGCCCGAACUCGGGGAGCCCCGCUUCUUCGCCGUGGGCUACGUGGACGACACGCAGUUCGGGCGCUUCGACGGCGACGCUGAGAACCCGCAGACAGAACUGCAAGCUUCGUGGAUACAGCAGGUGGAACAGGAGUACGUGGACAUGCACACACAGCGUGGUAAAGAAGAGACACGCUCUAACAUUGUGUACCUGAACACCCUGCCCGGCUACUACAACCAGAGCGAGGCCGUCUCUCACACAAUCCAGAAGAUGUACGGCUGCGAGGUCGGGGCAGAUGGGCGCCUCCUUCACGGGCACUGGCAGUGGGCUUACGACAGCAAGGACUACAUCGCCAUUAAUGAGGACCUGCGCACCUGGACAGCAGCCGACAUAGCAGCUCAGAUCACCAAACGCAAGUGGGAGGCUGGAACUCAUGCUGAGGAAUUCAGGGCCUAUCUGGAGGAGGAGUGCAUGAAGUCUCUGCGCAGAUUCCUGGAGUUGGGGCAGGAGACACUAGAGUGCACAGACCCACCCACAGCACAUGUGACCCACCACCCAGUCUCUGACCAGAAGGCCACCCUGAGGUGCUGGGCCCUGGGCUUCUACCCCAAGGACAUCACACUCACCUGGCAGCGCGAUGGGGAGGACCUGACCCAGGACACGGAACUGGUGGAGACAAGACCUGCAGGGGAUGGAACCUUCCAGAAGUGGACAGCUGUGCUGGUGCCUUCUGGAGAGGAGCAGAGAUACACAUGCCAAGUGAAGCAUGAGGGGCUGCCUGAGCCCCUCACCCUGAGAUGGGAGCCUCCUCAGCGCACUGGGCCCUCAUGGGAAGUGAUUGCUGGCCUGGUCCUCCUGGCAGCUGUGCUCAUUGGAGCUGUGGUCACUGCUGUGAUGAUGAUUAGGAGGAAGCGCUCAGGUAGAAAGGGAGGGAGCUACACUAGGACUAUAGGUGGAGACAGUGCCCAGGACUCUAACUGCUCUCUCACAGCUUGA